UAAGAUAUGCGGCAACGUAUUAUCUUCGUCAUUGAGCUCAGUCUCUGAAGUGCGAAGUGUUGAAGAAGCUCGUGCGGCUCACAAACCCUAAUUCAAAUCCCUAAUCCCCAAAACCAAUAGCAUUGGGUGUGGCUAUUGCUGUUGCUGCAAUCUGCAAAGGCACCAACCAUGUCUCACUUUGGAAGGUCAGGUCCACCAGACAUUAGCGACACAUACUCCCUUCUCGUUCUCAACAUCACCUUCCGUACAACCGCCGACGACCUCUUCCCUCUCUUCCACAAGUACGGCGACGUCGUCGACAUUUUCAUUCCCAAGGACCGCCGCACCGGCGACUCCAGGGGCUUCGCAUUUGUUCGCUACAAGUAUGCCGACGAGGCUCAAAAGGCUGUCGAGCGCCUCGACGGCAGGGUCGUCGACGGCCGCGAAAUCACCGUCCAGUUCGCCAAGUACGGUCCCAACGCCGAGCGCAUCCACAAAGGUAGGAUUGUCGAAUCUGCUCCCAGAUCUAAGCGCAGCCGCAGUCCCAGGAGAAGGUAUCGUGAUGAUGAUUACAGAGAGAAGGAUUAUAGGAGGAGGAGUCGCAGCAGGAGUUACGAUAGGUAUGAGCGUGACAGGCACCGUGGCAGGGACAGGGAUUAUCGUCGCCGGAGCCGGAGUCGGAGUGCCAGUCCGGACAAGGGUCGUGGAAGGGGACGCUAUGAUGAUGAUGACCGCCCUAUCCGUAGUAUAAGCCGUAGCCG